GCUUGCUUCGCCAUGACGGGCGGUGCAUAAUUACGUGCCUUUUACGUCCAUAGGUGAAGCCCUAACCAUACUGGAUUCUUGUCCCACACGAUGACGACAACAACAACCAACAAGAACCACACGAAGCUCAUCAUUACUUGUUUUGCUAAAUAUGCAGGACCAAGAGUAUCGGCCAACAUGGUAGGGUUUGAAACCGGAUGCUAGCCAUGUUCCAUACUGGCAUUUCCCAGGAUCUAACUUGUCAGCAAGAAUGACGACUACUCUUGCCGGUGGCCUACACAAAGCCCAGGAAGCUGUUCGAAACGCCUCAUCGGGGAGCAAAAAGGCUGUCGACUUGGAACGGGACAUCAGUGAUAUUCAUACGAAGCUUCCUCUGACCUCUGAUCAUGGCGUCAGGAUCCCGAAUACUGAUCAAUGGCUGAGGGUUAUUGGGGAGGACAAGAACCACAGUAUCGGUCCAACUUUGCUGGAGGAUCAACUUGCAAGGGAGAAGAUCCACCGAUUUGACCAUGAACGCAUCCCGGAAAGAGUCGUACAUGCUCGCGGUACAGGCGCAUUCGGGAACUUCAGACUCUUCCAGAGCUGCGAAGAUGUUACCCAUGCUGGUAUCUUGACAGACACCAGUAGAAACACGCCUGUGUUUGUGCGUUUUUCGACCGUCCAGGGUAGUCGAGGAAGCGCGGAUACCGUGCGAGACGUCCGUGGGUUUGCGGUCAAGUUCUAUACGGACGAGGGAAUAUGGGAUUUGGUUGGGAACAACAUUCCUGUAUUCUUUAUUCAGGAUGCUAUUAAAUUUCCCGACAUGGUCCACUCUCUCAAACCAGAACCCCAUAAUGAGGUCCCCCAGGCGCAAACAGCCCAUAACAACUUCUGGGACUUUGCCUUCCUGCACGAAGAAGCCACCCAUAUGUUUAUGUGGAUAAUGUCAGACCGUGCCGUCCCACGGUCCUUCCGCAUGAUGCAGGGCUUUGGAGUCAACACCUUCGUUCUCGUCAACAAACAAGGGAAGCGCCAUUUCGUCAAGUUCCACUGGAUUCCGAAGCUUGGUGUCCACUCUCUUGUCUGGGAUGAAGCCCUGAAACUGGGAGGACAGGAUCCGGACUUCCAUCGGAAGGACCUCAUGGAGGCCAUCGACAACAAGGCGUACCCAAAAUGGGAAUUUGCAAUCCAGCUGAUCCCCGAGGAGAAAGAACAUGACUUUGAAUUUGAUAUCCUGGACUCUACCAAGAUCUGGCCGGAGGAUCUCGUGCCAUUGAGGGUUAUCGGGGAGCUGGAGUUGAAUCGGAACGUCGACGAGUUCUUCACUGAGACUGAGCAAGUUGCCUUCUGCACCUCCCAUGUUGUCCCUGGGAUCGACUUCUCGGAUGAUCCAUUGUUAAUAGGACGCAAUUUCUCCUAUUUCGAUACCCAGAUUUCUCGUCUGGGAAUCAACUGGGAGGAGCUCCCCAUUAACCGGCCCGUGUGCCCCGUCCUCAACCACAACAGGGACGGGCAGAUGCGUCACAGAAUCACCCAGGGAACCGUGAACUACUGGCCGAACCGGUUCGACGCUGCUCCCCCCGCUGGACCAAACGAGGGCGCAUUCGACACCCUUCAGGCCAAGGUAGCAGGCGUCAAGAAACGGGCCGUCGGCGAGAAAUUCCGCGAACACAUCUCCCAGGCCCAACUUUUCUGGAACUCCAUGUCAGCCCACGAGAAACUACACAUAAUCAAAGCUUUCAGCUUUGAGCUCGACCACUGCGAUGAUCCCACAGUCUACCAGCGGCUCGCGGGGACAAGACUGCCCGAGAUAGACCUUCAUCUAGCACAGAAGGUAGCCGAAGCGGUCGGAGCACCGAUACCAACGCAGCCACUGAAGCAGAACCACGGUAAACGAGCUCCGCACCUCUCGCAGGACGAAUUCGCAACGGCCAAACCGACGAUCGAAAGCCGGAAAAUCGCCAUCAUCAUCGGUGACGGAUAUGAUCGCGUCGCGUUCAUGGGAAUGAAAGCCGCCGUGUUAGCCGCCGGUGCGGUGCCUGUCAUCAUCGGACUCAAGCGCUCUCCCAUCUACGCUGAAGGCGAUGCCCGUGGCGUUAUCGCGGAUCACCAGUAUGAUGGACAGCGCUCGACCAUGUUCGACGCGACUUUUGUCCCCGGUGGCUCCCAUGUGAAGACGCUGAUCAAGAACGGGCAGAUCCGUCACUGGAUCGCCGAGUCUUUCGGGCAUCUUAAAGCUAUCGGUGCCACGGGUGAAGCGGUGCAGUUGGUGGAGACAGCUUUGAGAGAUGUCGAGGGAUUGAAGGUUGCCGGGGCCCAUGAGUCGCAGCAUGUGGAAUGGUACGGGGUUGUUACUGCGGGACAGCAGAAGGCCGAGUCCUUCAGUGAAGGUGUGAAAAUUGUCAAGGACGCAAAGGACUUCGUCGGAAAGUUCUUUUACCACGUUUCUCGGCAUAAGAAUUACGAGAGGGAGUUGGAUGGGUUGACUAUGUCUGUUGCUUUUUAGGUGAUUUGUACUAGAUGCGUUGCAAACAUACUGAAAGACCCA